GUCAGCAAGGCUUUGAAAUGUCAGUGCAUUAAACCAUGUAAGCAAAGGUAGCUUGACGUUAUAAGUUUUAGAGAUAAAACAGAAGUAUUGUUAUUUUUAAAACAUUAGGACGUUUCGUUGAGCUUUACGCAACUUUACGUCUGCAAUGGAGGAAAGCAGGAGCCAAUGGGGGAGCGCUUUGUUUCGGCGUCCGACAUUGCUGGUGGGGCGUUGCAGCUAGUUGCUCAGGAAAUUAUUAUGCCCUCUAUAUUUUUCCCAUUUUCUCCUCGCCUGUGCUAAAAUACGUCAAAAUGGAGGCAUCUCUGGCGUGAUUGCUCUGAUCCAUUUUACCUGAAAACCUUCAGGAUGAAGAAAAAGCUGAACAGCGGCGCUCUUUCACGGCGUGGGAGGCCGGUCGCAGACCCCUCCACUGCGGAGGGAUGCAUCGUCCCAUCAAACUUCAAAACCACCCAGGAGUCACCCGUCCCUCUCAAAAGCCUCGCUAUGUCGCAGCGCGGUGACAGCCUCCUCGCUUUCUUGAACGAGGACCGGAGCGUGCAGAAGUUCUGCGACGUGUCUGUGUGGGUGGGUGGAAGGGCCUACAGGGCCCACAAGGCGGUCCUGGCUCACGGGAGCAGCUACUUCCACGCGGAGCUGUCUAAGAGUCCAGCUAGCGAGUCUCACUUCACUCUGGAACAUGUGGAAGAUUCAGUUUUCCAGUAUCUGCUUGGCUUUCUGUACACGUCGGAGUGUGUCGUUGCAGAGACCGACCUCCCGGCUGUAGCUGAAGCCGCCAGAUUUUUGGACAUGGUGGACGUAGUAAAGCUGUUAUGCGAGGACGGUAAAGCUGCUCCUCCCCAGGCUGAAAUGAGUUGUGCUUCUGAGUUAGUUCCCUCCUGUGUCUCUGUGGGAGCAGAUGUUGAGAUCCAGAGCAUCCAGUCAAGCAGCAAAAUCUCCCUGGAGUGCAGUGCUGCUGAGAGUUCAGCUCAGGUAGGAACCAGGCUGAAGAGUACGACCAUGAGGAGAUCAGCUCGUACAAGAAGAACACCCGUUAAAUAUAAGAAAGAUGAUGGGAAAUACCCCAUCAGCAGCCCUAACGAGCAAGAAGAAGCUGAAUCACCGGGGAAACGAGAUAAAAACCAGGUGAAAGCUACAGAGGAAAAUCGAGAUGCGAUGGAGGGACCAGCUCAGGGGGACGAGGUAGGGGAGGAGGACGCUGAGGAGGUCGAGCAAGGAGAUGUUAACAGCGGGGCUGUUAGCACUGCAGAGGACUACUCACACGCUGAGCAGACAGAGCCACCAUCUGGGCCCGAUCGGGAAGUUCAAACGCCACCGGGAGCAAAAACCAACCAGAGCCCAGAGUACCCAGAGGGUCUGGCUCCGGUUAUCAUCCAAACGUCCAGCAAGAAGACUCUCCAGUGUCCCAAAUGUGAAAAGACGUUUGAUCGUGCAGGGAAAUAUGAGAGUCACACCAGAGUCCAUACUGGGGAGAAGCCUUUCCAGUGUGACAUCUGCCUCCAGUGCUACUCCACCAAGUCCAACCUGACUGUUCACAAGAAGAGGCACGCUAGCGACGCUCCCAUUCCAAAGAAGGAGCACAAAUGUCCCUUCUGCAACAAACUCCAUGCCAGCAAAAAGACUCUGGCAAAGCACAUCAGGAGGUUUCAUCCCGAUCAGACGCAGGAGUUCUUUGAUGCCAAAAAAAAGAAAAGUGACGGCUGGAAAUGUGCAAUAUGCUCAAAGACAUUCAGCCGCAGGCCUCACCUCCAGGAGCACAUGAUCCUGCACACGCAGGACCGGCCGUUCAAAUGCACGUUCUGCGAUGAGUUCUUUAAGUCCAGGUUUGCAAGGCUGAAGCACCAAGAAAAAUAUCACCUAGGUCCGUUUCCCUGUGAGAUCUGUGGACGUAAGUUCAAUGACACCGGCAACAAGAAGAGGCACAUUGAGUGCACACAUGGGGGCAAAAGAAAGUGGACCUGCUUCGUUUGUGGGAAAUCAGUCAGGGAAAGGACGACGUUAAGGGAGCACUUGCGUAUCCACAGCGGAGAGAAACCUCACCUCUGCAGCAUCUGUGGGCAAAGUUUCCGUCACAGCAGCUCCUACAGACUUCACCUCAGAGUCCACCACGAUGACAAGCGCUACGAGUGUGACGAAUGUGGGAAAACCUUCAUUCGGCACGAUCACCUGACUAAGCAUCAGAAAAUACAUUCUGGUGAGAAAGCACACCAGUGUGAAGAAUGCGGAAAGUGCUUCAGGCGCCAUGAUCAUCUAACGGUUCACUACAAAAGCGUUCAUUUGGGAGAGAAAGUUUGGCAGAAAUAUAAGACUGCUCUGCAUCAGUGUGAGGUCUGCAAAAAAGAAUUCAAAGGAAAGUCCAGUUUGGAAAUGCACUUCAGGACUCACUCCGGUGAGAAACCUCACAGAUGCCCCGAAUGCCACCAGACAUUUCGGAUCAAGAAGACCUUAACGAAGCACAUGGUGAUUCACUCAGACGCCCGUCCUUUUAACUGUCCACACUGCAGCGCCACUUUUAAACGGAAAGACAAGCUGAAGUACCAUGUGGACCAUGUGCACAGCGCCAGGUUUACCGAGCCGCAGCCCAGCCAGGAAAAAACUGUUUCUUCUCAUUUUGAGGAAACCGAAAAGACAUACCACUCUGAACCCAAGGCAGCAUCAAGGAGCACCUCUAACACGGCAACCCUCUGCAUACCUGUCACUUUAGUCCCUGUUCCCAUGGUGGCAGGAGGUCAGGGAGACAUGCACCCCCACAGGGCCGCUCUGUCAUCCCAGACUCACAGUGUUGCUAAUGUUCAGGGGCAGCAGCAGAACCCAGGAUACCAAGCUGCUACUGAUCUGUCUUUCUUGGAGAAGUACACCCUCACCCCUCAGCCUGCCAACAUCGUUCACCCCGUUAGACCCGAUCAGAUGCUGGACCCUCGAGAGCAGUCCUACCUGGGCUCGCUGCUGGGCCUGGACUCGGCUCCCUCUGUGCAAACUAUCUCCACCUCUGACCACAAUCGCUGACCGCUCGAAAACAUUUAGAUUCAAGACGGAACUGUACAGAACCUGAACUUACAGGACAGAAUCGACCAAAGAGAAAUGUAAAUCAUCUCAUAAUCAAUUACUGUUUACACCGUCUACUCUGUAUAUGAUUCCUAUCUGCAUUUAAACAGGUUUUAAGGUCUAAUUUGAUGACAGUAAAAAAAUCAUGAAGUGUUUGCAAAGCUUUAAAUCAAUUUUAAACUUUGUCCUAUUAAACAAACAGGUUUAUCGCCUUGUUUGCUCCAGAUCUUUUUAACUUUAUGGUACUUAUGUUAAUAAUUGUUAUUUUAAUUCCGAGAGGUUUUUUUUUUUUAAUAAACAAUUAAUUAAUGAAAAAA